AUUAACACGUCCUGGCUGCCAAAUUCCUCGUGGCAUGAUUCCCAAGAGCUAGCCCAUUCUUCAUUUACCCUCUUCUCCAUCCGUCAAACUCCAACGGUCCCGAAACUAGCUCUUUAAGUUGAGGUUUGCCAAUAACCAAUGGCAAGUACUCAUCACACUCGGGAGAAGCAGAAGAAAGGAGGGGUGAUGUAUGUCUACAAGUUAGACACCGGAAAUCUGAAGAAGCCCUCGGAUUCAUCUUCCGCGAAGAAGGGGAUUAUUCAUUCAGGCAUCAGCUGGGGAUUAAGGAGGUCUAAAACCGUUCGGGAAGUGGUUGAUCAUGGCAGAGUUAAGACUAGCGUGGAAGACGAAACCAAGGAAGUAGUGGUGGAAUCAAGAAAAUCAGUUUCCAGCGAGGCAGUUGCGGGGGGUAGGAAGUCGGUGUCACAUAUAGAAGUGAACGUGGCAUCGGUGGCUUCAUUCCUUCAGGUGAAGGUUUUGGUUACGGACAUGCCAGGGUUCAUGCAGGUUCAUGCCUUCCGGUGCGCCAGGGGAACCUACGAUAGUCUCGAGAAAUUUAGCGCCAAGCACAUGGCCUAUAACAUCAAGAAGGAAUUUGACAAGGUUUAUGGGCCGGCCUGGCAUUGUAUAGUGGGCUCAAGUUUUGGAUCAUUUGUCACGCACGCAACGGGUUGUUUCCUCUAUUUCUCGAUGGAAAAGCUGUAUAUUUUAGUGUUCAAGACGAAAGUUGAAAGAGCUCUGGAACAGUCCUAAAUUGAAAGGGCAGAUGUAGAUUUUAAAUCCUCAUCGACGCCAUUGUUAUCGUAAUUUUAUUUUUUUUUUGGUCUUCAGUCUUAAUUUUUCUUUUGGGGACAGUUGACUGGUACUUAUUGUUUAGCGGAGAAAUGUAUUUUGUCUGAAAACUUGUAAAUAGUGAGGGGAUGAUGGGAGUUACUUGAAGCGCAUUGAUUGAUCAUGUAUUGGUAUUAGCAGCAGCUCAGGCGUGUGUAAAUUGCAUUCGCCUAAAAGUCUAAUCAAAGUGCUGCUGGGCUAUUGAGAAAUUUCAAUUUUCAACAAGAAUCAAGCGGUGUCAGACUAGAAUUCAAGAAGUUGACCGUCUCUUUCAGGGUAGAAAUUUUCCAAUUUCUCGUGUUUGAG